UUGUGUUCUGAAAGCUUUAAGAUGCGUUUAGCUACUGUAGUUUGUUUAGUGAUCGUCGUUCUACUGAUUUCGGGCUCCGAGUCAGCCGUUUCAAGAGGCAUCUUCAAGGAUCCAGCCCAUCCUGGAAAGUGUGUCGUCGCUGGCUUAGUCCUUGUAAAAGGUCAGAUUGCCCGCCACCCACAAAGGUGUGAGAGAAUUAUUUGCGGAGACAACAGCCAAGCAGAGUUUCAUUCAUGCGGCGCCUAUGGAAUUCCCCCCGGUAAGAAAUUCGGAAAAUACACGGCCCCAAAUGCUGAUUACCCCGCUUGCUGUGAUCGUGAAAUUAUCAAUGCGUAAUAAAAAUUUUAAAAAUUAGUAAAGAUGAAUAAAGUUAACUCUGAAAUCAA